AUGGCGUCCUCUCUUCAUUUUGAGGAUGGCGAGACUGCACCGACAUACACCAUCCCUUCAAGGCGGCUGGGCGCACUUGAGCAUCCAAUGAUCAUCAAAAACCUCGAUAAGGGAAUCAACACAUUUGGCCAAAAUAAUGCGUUCCAAGCCAUUCUCGAUUCGGCCAGCCCCCAGAUCUCGGUUCCGCUAUACCUUCGCUAUGACAACCCAACAGCGAGACCACUAACAUCGCACAAUGCCUUGACACACAAUGUUGUCUUGAAGGUUACGGUCCCGAAGCGUACCGGAAGGAAACGCAAGCGGGGUACCGACGGCCCCUGGGAAGGGGAAGUUGAACAACCCGCUCAUGGCGGGAGCUCAGUCGUCUCUCCUGAGGUCCUCUCGAGGGAUAGGCUCGACACACCACAAGUUAUCCGGCGCAAACUCCAGGACAAUGUUGGGAAGUACGUGGUCGAACCGGUCGGUGUCAUAAAUAACACCCACCGGUACAGAGGCCUCGCCGAUUUCCAGUUCGCUCUUGGAGAGUCCAGCUUCAUGAAUAAAUUCGUCGACAAGGUGCUUCCCGGUGAUGUUGCGAAGUUAAAAGAAUUCUCACUUCAACCAGGCAUCGAAUCGGGUUCCAAUAUCGACCUUAUCCCACCUCCUUAUUUCACCCCCAUCACGCUCCCGUUUGGUUACAACUACGCACAAAACCCCCAUACCAAAGAGGUCAGCCCCAACCACUCCGAUGCCUCCGGCAACUUAUCCGAGGACCAAGAGUACGAGCGGGUUGUCAACAUCACCUCCCGUGUGCCCGCCGCUGGCUAUUUUAUCGCACACGACGAAUACCCCGUUCCGACCGCCCCCCGUCGCCAGCCCGACAUGUCGGACCCGCAGGUGGCCGCUAUCAUCACCGAGAUGCGCCAGGCCAUGGACGAGCGCCCGAUCUGGACGCGCCGCAGCAUGUGGAACCGACUGGGGGCCAAGUUUGCCGAGCUGCCCAAGAACGGCGGUCUCGUGCGCCACUGCCUGCAGUAUGCCGGCUACCAGUUCAAGGGCGGGCCGUGGCGCGACGCCCUCGUCCGGUACGGUCUCGACCCUCGUGCAGACCCCCAGUACCGCAUCUACCAGACCCUCAUCUUCAAGCUGCACAAGACCCGCAUCGGGUCGGUCGGCCGCUCGUGGCAGGCUGUGCGCCGCAAGGAGCUCGGCGUGUCCAACUUUGGCAAGGCCUGGCAGGACCUCGGCGUCGGCGACGAGGCCAUGCUUAACACGCACGUCUUUAACGGGGAGUCGUUCAGCACCGACGGCAAGGUCUGGCAGGUCUGCGAUAUCACCGACCCACUCCUGUCAAGGCUGUUUGCCGACGCCGAGCAGCGCACCGAGUGCGACGUGGAGAUCAGCGGCUUCUACCACCGCGUGCUGUGGUCGGUGGCCAAGGCGAUCAUGAAGUGCAAGAUGGUCGCCAUCCGGUUCAACCGCACGCUGACGGACGACGACUUUGGCGCCGCGCUCGAGGUCGUCCGGGGCGUGCCGCACGACGGCGGCGACGGCGCCGGGCCAGGUAAUAGCAUUGGCAUCAGCCUGCCGGACCUGCAGCUGACGGCGGCCGAGUACGACCAGCUCCGCGGCGGCAAGUAUCGCCCGCGCCCCGGCAUCAAGUCCUCCGGGCGCGAGGUCGUCGAGGGCGUCACGCGGCGGCGCAGGACGCAUUACCGCGUGCGCAUCCCGUUGAAGGAGGCCGAGGAACGCGAGGCUCUCAAGAUGAUUAAGCUGCUCACGCAGAAUGUGCCGGACAACAAGGCCACCGAGGAGCCCGCUGACGGGGCUGCGGCUCUGAACCCUUCUGAUGGCGUAGGGAUUGCGGCAAAACGCGCCAGCGUCAGAGAAAAUGAGGCGGAGGAAGAAGAAGAUGAGAGAGACGAAGAGCGGGGAGAGGGACGCAUGUUUCAAGAAAUCUUGGAAGACAUGGAUGAAGAAGGCACCGAGGAAGAAGAUGGGAGUGAGGGGGAGGAGGAGGAGAGUGACGAAGAAGAAGCAACGCCUAGAAAGAAGCGGCCGUUCCAGGAGCGUGCGCUGGAAGAGGAGCUGGAGCAGGAGCAGUACGAGGAAGGAGGGUACUCGGACGAAGACGACCAGGAGGAUAUGGAGGACGAAGAGGAAGAGGAGGAGGAGGAAGACGAAUAUGGUGGUGGCGAGGACGGCGAGGAGGGCUAUGGUGAUGAGGAAGAGGAAUUCUAUGAUGAAGAGGGUGAGGGUUUCCCCCAGGCUUGGGAGGAUGGAGGGGGGUUCUAG